GGGGCAGGAUUAACAUUACAGUGACAGGUACUGGUAGAGAUGCCGGGCAAAUAUCACCGACCGCGUCCAAUUGUCAGUUAGCACUUUCCAGACAGGUGACUUAUCAACUACACUUGUCUCUGGGGUAUCGAAGAAUCUCCUUAUUGCGUAUUUAGGAAACGUGUUUUCAUAAACGAACGAAGCGUUCAUGAUUGUCCAUUGCGGCGACAUCGAAACGGACGGGUCUGCAUUGUGAAUAAGUCUGACGCAGCAUAUUCAACGGAAUCAGGAUACAUUAAAAAGACGACAUCAUGUCAAUGCAUUUAUAUCUAGUUAGCAGUGCGUUGAUUGAAACCACCGUCGGGAAAAUAAGUGAAAACCUGACGUCAGUGGUCCUCGCAGCCUCAGUGAUCACUCUUGCACUGGGAUACAUCUCUAAAGUGCUCAUCAAACAGUCAUGCGACAAAGACUUGAAACACCCACCAUACAUUCCUUCAAGCAUUCCAUUUCUGGGACAUGCUGUUGCAUUUGGAAAAAGUCCUAUUGAUUUCUUGGAAAACGCAUAUGAAAAGUAUGGACCUGUCUUCAGUUUCACCAUGGUGGGCAAAACCUUCACCUAUCUCCUGGGCAGUGACGCAGCAACGCUCAUGUUCAACAGCAAGAACGAAGACCUCAACGCAGAGGACGUGUACUCUAGACUGACCACGCCAGUGUUUGGCAAAGGGGUGGCCUACGAUGUAGCCAAUCCUAUCUUUCUGGAGCAGAAGAAGAUGCUGAAAACAGGUCUGAACAUUGCCCAUUUCAAGCAGCAUGUCCAGAUCAUUGAAGACGAGACCAAGGAAUACUUUGAACGAUGGGGAGACAGUGGGGAGGAAAAUCUGUUCGAGGCCUUGUCGGAGCUGAUCAUCCUGACGGCCAGCAGCUGCCUCCAUGGUAAGGAGAUCCGCAGCAUGAUGGAUGAGAAGGUGGCCCAGCUGUACGCUGACCUGGACGGAGGCUUCAGCCAUGCUGCCUGGCUGCUGCCUGGUUGGCUACCCCUGCCCAGCUUCAUACGGAGGGACAGAGCACACAAGGAGAUCAAGAACAUCUUCUUCAAGGUCAUCCAGAAACGAAGGAACUCUGGAGAGAAGGUGGACGACAUUCUCCAGACUCUUAUAGACGCCACCUACAAGGACGGCAAGCCCCUGAACGACAGCGAGAUUGCGGGGAUGCUGAUUGGUCUUCUGUUGGCGGGGCAACACACGUCGUCCACCACCAGUGCCUGGCUGGGCUUCUUCCUGGCUCGGGACCGAGACCUGCAGGAGCGCUGCCACGCCGAGCAGAGGAACGUCUGUGGAGAUAACCUGCCCCCUCUGGACCUGGACCAGCUGAAAGAUCUGACCUUGCUGGACCGCUGUUUGAAAGAGACCCUCAGACUCCGCCCCCCCAUCAUGACCAUGAUGAGAAUGGCACGCUCUCCACAGACCGCGGCGGGCUACACCAUCCCCGUGGGCCACCAGGUGUGUGUGUCCCCGACCGUCAACCACCGCCUGAAGGACACCUGGACGGACAGGACCGAGUUCGAGCCUGACCGCUACCUCCAGGAGAACCCCGCGGCAGGGGAGAAGUUUGCUUACGUGCCGUUUGGAGCAGGCCGGCAUCGCUGCAUAGGAGAAAACUUUGCCUACGUUCAGAUCAAGACCAUCUGGUCCACCAUGCUGCGCCUCUACGAGUUCGAUCUGGUCGACGGCUACUUCCCCACGAUCAACUACACCACCAUGAUUCACACCCCUCACAACCCCGUCAUCAGAUACAGAAGGAGGACGAACUGAAGGAGCAGCGAGGGGGAGAGAGGAGACGAGCGCAGGAGCUGUUUAAAGUAUGCAGCUGGACUUGAAUGAAAUGAGACCUUCAACGUUUGUCUGGGAGCACUCGGUUGAUGGAACGCUUGUUGUUUCGUUGUGUAAAUCUAUAGUUUUGCAGUCUGGUGUUCCAGCGACAAGUAAAUAAUUACUUUCAAGCCAUUUCUACUUGAUACUGAAUCGUAAGCACUUGUAAUACUGCCUUCACUAUAAGCAUAGAAAAACCACUUAUACUUUAUUUUUACCCACGUGAAUCCCUUCUUGAACUAAUUCGAAGAACGAAGCGAUCAUUUGUCCAGAGGCUGGUAAAGCAGAUGGUGUGUGAUGAUGCCUUCAGAAGGGAGUGGUGCCUGACAGAUGUAGUGCCUUGAGGAACAAAAGAGACUUCACAGCUGUGUAGUUUAGAAGUUUUGGCUUUCCACUCCCUAUAAAAUCAAUUUGUGAUUCUUUCAUUAGUUUAACGGAAUUCAUUUGAAUUCCAUUUCUUAUUAGUUUUUAUUCUACCCUUAUUUGAAUCGGAUCCACCGGUUGGGCAUGUUAGCUGAUGUGAAAUCUUGCAUAUUAUUAAAACAAGAAAAAAUUAAAACUGUUUUCCAUCCUGUUUAA